ACUUCUCCUUUGACAAACACGACUAUGAUCGGCCGUCACACAAUACCAAAAAUAGUCGCAAGAAAACCAGUCAAGAUGAUGGGUUAAAAUUUAGCCUUGAACAAGAGUUUGGUUCAGAGAGAGGGAAGAAAGAAAUGAAAAACAAGUUGAGCUCAUCAGAACCGGUGGAAAAAUUUGAGGCAGAAAAAGAUGAUGCAUGGUGGGAAAAUAUACCAGAUGAAGUCACAUUUAGUCCAGCGUCAUCAUUUUCAUACGCUUCCUCUAAAUCUGAUCUGGCAAAACCACAUGCUUAUGCAAGAAGUGAUGAGCCCUCGCUCAAUGACUUCUUGGAUCUCUCUGAUGAAACCAAGGGAAAUUCUCUUGGAGGAAUAUCUCCAAGACGCAAAGAAAAUAACGCUGAACGACCUGUGAAAAGCCCAGAGAACAGUCCUAGGAGACCCAUCAAUAGUUCACUGAAAAUUGAGAACAAUCUGAGAGGCGCUGAUGACCCACUUGAAGAUGAUUUUAAAAAGAGUAACGAAGCAUCUCCCAGAGGUACCAACACCAUUCCAAGACUAGACUUGAGUGAAAAUUCCCAUCAUUUCGACCACAAUUCUAAGAAGACUGAAAGAGAUGGUGGUUACCAGAAAUUCAGAACAAAUUCUCCAAAUUUUGAGAAGAAAUCUAGGAAUGAUGAGAAGCAGUACAAUGCAGGAAACUUUCAAUCAAAACUGGAUCAAGGGCAGUUGCUUGAAGAGAAUGCUGCUCUUACAAUUCAAAGAUGCUACAGAGGAUAUAGGACCAGAAUGGAAGCUGGUUAUUCUGCCGUGCAGAAAGCUUUGGAUGAAAGACGAGCCAUUAUGGAAAGGCAGAAGAAGUGGGAGUCUGAUUCAAACUCAAGUGUUGAGAAGCAACGAAGACGUGAUGAGAAAGCGAGACAAGCACGUCAAGCUGCUAUCCAAGAACUCAACGAGAAGCGAGAACGGAAGAAAGAAGACAAUAAAAGAUUGGCUGAACAGGAAUUGAAAUUCCUGGAGGAAAGUGGAAAGGUGACAAAAGCAAGGAACAAGAAACCAAUCAAGAUGAAAAAAAAUCCAAAGAAAACCAAUGUAGCAACUGUUGAACAUAUUGCAAGAGAGGAGAAAGAUCCAUUGUCAAGACCUGGUACUGCUAGCACCUUGGAUGCUAAUGUUGAAGAAAUGUUUCAGGAGUCCAGGACAAACAGCAUCCAAGCAUCAUCUCAAAAUGUCAACGAAAAUGCGUCCGAAGCUAGCACAAGCAGAACAGAGAAAACUGCCAAAAAUUCCGUCGUCAGUGGAACAAAGUCGACGCUGGAUGACUUGUUUGAGUCCUUACGACAACUGGAGGAAGAACCAACUGAUAUUAAGAAUGAAGAAAAGUCGAGUCGCUACGGAUGGAUCGAUGCUUCUGGUUCAAAACAAAACGAUUUCAACCUAACGAAAGAUGCUGUCCGACAAUCUACCAAUUCAAGUGUCUUGUCCCAGGAAAAACUGAGAACUAUCAUGUCAUUUCUGGACGAAGUGGAAAAAACCGACCAAGAUACAGUCGUUAGUCGUGUCAGAGAUGCGAAGACCUUCGCUGAAACAUCUUCAAUCAGUGCUUCUGUUGUUUCACCAAGAGUGGACGCAGAAAAGGAAAUUGCGUUGUUAGAGUCAGCCUCAGCUGCGGCGUCUGAUGUCACGAAUGCGAUGAUGUCCGUCAAAGUUGAACUGGAAGAAAAGAAGAAAACAAAUGAACUCUUACAAAGAGCGUUGAACCAGCAGCGAGAGUUUACGCUUCGUCAGGCGAGAGAUAUGGAGAAAGAUGCGAAGCAAAGACUCGACUUGCAGCGUCAGGAGUACGAGUCGACAAUACAACGACAUUUGUCUUUCAUUGAUCAGUUGAUUGAUGAUAAGAAGAUACUCAGCGAUCGCUGUGAAGAACUGGUCAAGAAACUGAAGGAAACUGAUAAGAAAUACGUGGAUAAGAUCUCCUCGCUUGAACAAAAUCAUGCAGCCGAGAUUAAGAAACAGAAGGACGUCAUGCAAACGGCUGAGAAACUACGCCGAGAGAAAUGGAUUAAGGAUAAAUCACAGCAAAUUAAAGAGUUGACUGUUAAAGGACUAGAACCUGACAUUCAAAAGUUAAUCGCCAAACACAAAGCUGAACUCAAGAAACUAAAGUCAGUUCAUCAAGCAGACCUGUUGGAGACCGACGAACGCGUGGGUAGAAGAUAUAUACAACAGAUUGAGGAACUUCGUGAACAGUUGGAGAGGGAAAAAGAGACGGCUUGUAACAGAGAACGGGACCUAGCACAAACCAAGUUUCAAAAGCAAAUGGAAGAAGAGGAACAAGCGUUUCAACAGCAACGACGCCGUCUUUAUGCUGAGAUUCAAGAAGAAAAAGAGAGAAUGGCGACUCAGGCACAGAAACAGAGGAAAGAACUCGAUGAUUUGAAAGAAAAACUUGAGGAGUCUCACAAGACAGCUAUGAACAGCGUGGAACAUUCUAGUAAACAAUCUCUGGAUGAACUCGAACAUAAACAUCAGACUGAAAUGAGAGAACUAAAAGAACGCCUGGAAAUCGAGAAGCAACAAUGGAUUGAAAAUUAUAUGAAAAAACAGGAUGCCACGUUGUUGCAGAAGGAACGAGAACUGAAAGAAAGUGUCCGGGAAUCCAGAGACAAGGAAAUUGAGUUGGUUAUUCGAAGACUUGAAGAGGAAACCUCUCAUGCAAGAGACGAAUGUGAACGAGCUGCUGAGAAUAGAAUCAAGAGGGUUAGAGACAAAUAUGAGUCUGAAAUGCAAGAAUUGGAAAGAUCUGAAAAAGUUAUGCACGAGAAAUAUACCACUGCCAAGGAACAAUGCAACGAACUUGAAGAGGAAGUGUCCAGGUUGAAAACCUCGGUGAAAAAUGAAGAAAGGAAAUUAGAAGAUCUCAACAAACUCACGAAACAAUUACAAGAGGAAAGAGGCCAAGUUGUUGAUAUCAUAAGACAAGAAUUUGCCGACCGACUUGUGACGACAGACGAGGAUAACAAGAGGCUGAAGAUUGAGAUGAGCGAACUACGGGCAAAACAUCGACUGGAGGUUGAGAGGAUAAACAAUUCUAAAGAAGAAGAGAUGGAAGAGGUUCAUAAACGGGUAAAACAAGCAAUCUCAAAGAAGGAAGAGACAUUGAACGCUCUGAGACAGCAAAAAGAGUCUGCUGAGAAGCGAUCAGAUCAUUUGGAGUUCCUUCUCCACGAGCAGAGGAAGAAAUUGCUAUCGUGAAGACACUUGGAUGCUACCAUUUAUUGAGAUGGAGGAAUUGGGAAUAAUCAUCACAUCUGUGCCUGUGGCUGGGUUUGCUUCGCUUGUUCAAGUUGUCAGUCAAAAUAUAACUUGAAAAGGAGCAGGAAUAUGAGUUUUAAACGCGGUUAACAGUCGAUGUAAAAUCUGGUACGAAAUCUCUUGCAGUUAAAUCGCCUGCUAUGGGCGUAGUCGACAGUGAGCAUAGAUUUCAAUAGCCAAAGGUACUCUGUUGCACUCUAAGGAAAAUGCUUAUAAUGUCUGUUAAC